CCCGCCGGCCCCGGCCCGCGCCUGGCUUUCAGCACCGCGGACAGCGGCGUCGGCAUGAGCGGGCUGAACCCAGGUCCCGCUGUGCCCAUGAAGGACCACGACGCCAUCAAGCUCUUCGUGGGGCAGAUCCCGCGGGGCUUGGACGAGCAGGAUCUCAAGCCGCUGUUCGAGGAGUUCGGCCGCAUCUACGAGCUGACGGUGCUGAAGGACCGGCUCACCGGCCUCCACAAAGGCUGUGCCUUCCUCACCUACUGCGCCCGGGACUCUGCCCUCAAGGCCCAGAGUGCACUGCAUGAACAGAAGACCCUGCCAGGGAUGAAUCGUCCGAUCCAAGUGAAGCCUGCUGCCAGUGAGGGCCGAGGAGAGGACCGGAAGCUGUUUGUGGGGAUGUUGGGCAAGCAGCAGGGUGAGGAGGAUGUCAGACGUCUGUUCCAGCCCUUCGGCCAUAUCGAGGAGUGCACUGUCCUGCGGAGUCCUGAUGGUACCAGUAAAGGCUGUGCCUUUGUGAAAUUCGGGAGUCAAGGGGAAGCUCAAGCUGCCAUCCAGGGACUGCACGGUAGCCGGACAAUGUCGGGCGCCUCAUCCAGCCUGGUAGUGAAGCUGGCAGACACCGACAGGGAGCGCGCGCUGCGGAGGAUGCAACAAAUGGCUGGCCAGCUGGGCGCCUUCCACCCAACGCCACUGCCUCUCGGGGCCUGUGGAGCUUACACCACUGCGAUCCUGCAACACCAGGCAGCAUUGCUGGCAGCAGCACAGGGUCCCGGGUUAGGCCAGGUGGCUGCGGUGGCCGCUCAGAUGCAGCACGUAGCAGCCUUCAGCCUGGUGGCUGCACCACUACUGCCUACAGCAGCCAACACAUCACCUGGUGGCAGUGGCCCUGGUGCACUCCCCGGCCUUCCAGCUCCCAUGGGGGUCAAUGGAUUCGGCUCCUUGACCCCCCAGACCAAUGGACAGCCAGGCUCCGAUACGCUCUAUAACAACGGGCUUUCUCCUUAUCCAGCCCAGAGCCCCGGUGUGGCUGACCCCCUGCAGCAGGCCUACGCUGGGAUACAACACUACGCAGCAGCCUAUCCCUCGGCCUAUGCCCCAGUGAGCACAGCUUUUUCCCAGCAGCCUUCAGCUCUGCCUCAACAACAAAGAGAAGGCCCCGAAGGCUGUAACCUCUUCAUCUAUCACCUGCCUCAGGAGUUUGGGGACGCAGAACUCAUACAGACAUUCCUGCCCUUCGGAGCUGUUGUCUCUGCCAAAGUCUUUGUGGAUCGUGCCACCAACCAGAGCAAGUGUUUUGGCUUUGUUAGUUUUGACAAUCCAACCAGUGCUCAGACUGCCAUCCAGGCCAUGAAUGGCUUUCAAAUCGGCAUGAAGAGGCUCAAGGUCCAGCUAAAGAGACCUAAGGAUGCCAACAGGCCUUACUGA